AAAAAAAAACACACACACACACGCGAUCAAGAGAAAAACAAGACACACACUCACGAACAGCGGAUAGACGCAACACAAACGCGGCGCGCGUGCUGCUGCAGACCCGAAGAGCUGUACGCAGCGCAGAGGCGCACCAUGCCUUGUGCGGACGGUGAGCUGUGCCACCAACCAGACAAGACGCCGCAAGCCCCUCAUGGCCACGUCUGUCAUGGAGGAUGUGGCGGGCGGCUCCACGGCAACUGCGGCAGCAUGGUUGGCGACAUCGAAACAAGGCGAAUCUGCUGCUCGUGCGUCGCAAGAGCUGGCAAGCGCAAAGAGAUACCAGCUGAGGGUGCUGAGGGUGCUGGGGCGGGACCAUCUCAACGCCCGACGAAGAAGAAACGGGGGAGCGUGAAGGCUUCGUGUGGUGCUCGUGCGCGGGUGGACAUCAAUGGGAAGCUUGACAUCCUCAAGCUGAUCGAUGCCAAGAUCUCCUACGCGCAGAUCGCAGACCGCUUCAAGUGCUCUGUGCGGUUUCUUGUGACGUUGAAGUCUGACCGGAAGAAGAUCGAGGCGGCAGCUGCUGCAGGUGCCGGCAGUCAGAAAACUGCACGCAAAGCAGAGUUUCAAGAGAUGAAACGGAAGAUGGCGGUGGCGGUGAGAACACGGGGCGCGAGCGCCGUGCUCCACCGGCUUAUAGUGAGCUGUCACCUCACUUCGGCGUCCUGGAAUCGGCAGCAGAUGAGAGUGGCAAUGGAGACGCGGCGUUCCAUCUGCAGAAAGCAAAAAUGGCGAUGA